GGUACGUAUCUCAGCUGCGUAAUGCCCCACAUUAGACCUUAAGGACGUCGUAAUUAACUUAAAGAACCGCUCUCAGGCUGGGAAUUGCUUCACCCCACACCCAUUGUAGGACAAACACCAGGUUAGGGGACUGACCGCUCUACGCACCAUGUCCCAAUCUCUCCGCCCCUACCUCCAAUGCGUGCGGAGCACUCUCACGGCCGCCCUUUGCCUCUCUAACUUUGCCUCCCAAACUUCCGAACGACACAAUGUUCCCGAGAUCGAAGCCCAGACUUCUCCUGAAGUUCUGCUCAACCCCUUAGUCAUCUCCCGCAAUGAGAACGAGAAGGUCCUGAUCGAACCCAGCAUCAACAGCGUCCGAAUUAGCAUCAAGAUCAAGCAGGCAGACGAGAUCGAGAAUAUCCUAGUCCACAAGUUCACCCGAUUCCUCACCCAGCGAGCCGAAGCCUUCUUCAUCCUUAGGAGGAAACCUAUCAAGGGUUACGAUAUUUCCUUCUUAAUUACCAACUUCCAUACCGAGGAGAUGUUGAAGCACAAGCUGGUGGACUUCAUCAUCCAAUUCAUGGAGGAAGUAGACAAGGAGAUUUCGGAGAUGAAGCUGUUUUUGAACGCACGGGCAAGAUUCGUGGCGGAAUCUUUCCUAACACCCUUUGACUAAAAGAUACGCCCAUGGACUGGGUUUCUUCCCGGCCAAACUUGGAAAGAGAAUAAGGCACGAGCUAUGAAGCUGACAAUUCACGGAGAUGCAAGAACUGACAUACCCAGAGCAUAACUGGUUGAGGCCGUAUAAAU